GUCCCGGAGCCGGGGGAUCGUUUGGACAUCGGGAUGAUCCAACAUCACCUGGACUCGCUGCAGCUCCGGGACGGAACCGGGACCCCUCCCGGGACCCCUGCGCCCGGACCGCCCUCCCCCGAGCAGGGCUGGCCGUGCCCCACGUGCACGUUCAUCAACAAGCCGACCCGUCCCGGGUGUGAGAUGUGCAGCUGUGCCCGACCCGCGGGGUACCGGGUACCGGGGGGGCACCAACCCGACCCCAUAGAGAGACAGCGGCUCCAGAGGGAGCGGGACGGGGCACGGCAGUGCCAGCAGGUAUGGGAUCUAUGGGAUAUGGGAUAUGGGAUAUGGGAUCUAUGGGAUAUGGGAUCUAUGGGAUAUGGGGUAUGGGGUACCGGGUACCGGGGGGGCACCAACCCGACCCCAUAGAGAGACAGAGACUGCAGAGGGAGCGGGACGGGGCACGGCAGUGCCAGCAGGUAUGGGAUAUAUGGGAUAUAUGGGAUAUGGGAUAUGGGAUCUAUGGGAUAUGGGAUAUGGGGUAUGGGUACCGGGGGGGCACCAACCCGACCCCAUAGAGAGACAGAGACUGCAGAGGGAGCGGGACGGGGCACGGCAGUGCCAGCAGGUAAUGGGAUAUGGGAUAUGGGAUCUAUGGGAUAUGGGAUCUAUGGGAUAUGGGAUAUGGGAUCUAUGGGAUAUGGGAUAUGGGUACCAGGUACCGGGGGGGCACCAACCCGACCCCAUAGAGAGACAGAGACUGCAGAGGGAGCGGGACAGGGCACGGCAGUGCCAGCAGGUAUGGGAUAUGGGG